AUGGGUCUUUUACCUUCUCCAACUUGGGGCACCUUGACAAGUCUCGCAUUAUCUUACAUACUUACCCUCGGUGUUAUUCUUAUAGUAGAAAUUGCCUCGAGAAGUUUUAAUAUUCCCCAUUACAUUUCUCGUAAAAUAAUCCAUGUGUUUGCGGGAACUUAUAUAUUUAGUUUGUUAUAUAUAUUUGAACAAUGGGAAUACUUAGUGUUUUUGACUAGCUCUUUUGUGCUAUUAAAUUUCAUUUUUUUACAACUUAAAAUAUUUAAAUCGAUGGAUCAGGAAAAUGCGACAUUAGGAACUGUAUACUUUGCUUUUUCGGUUACACUCUUACUAUGGUGGUUCCAUGAAGGUUGGAAACAAGGAUUUCCUAGAGGUCGCGAAUAUAUUGCAGUUGCUGGAAUUGUCGCGAUGACAUAUGGUGACGCAAUGGCUAGUGUUAUUGGAAAGACGUAUGGAAGAAAUGGUUAUCAAUUAAUUGGGACGGAAGGAAGCCGCCGUACAUAUGAAGGAUCACAAGCAUUUUUUAUUACGACUCUAAUAGGGGUUCCAUUUUUUUGGUGGCUAAUGUCUCCUCCGGAAUUAACUACUACUAAGUAUUUUUCAGGAGCAUUAAUUUCUGCAUGUGUUGGUACUGCAUUAGAAUCUGUGAGUCCAUGGGGAAUGGAUAAUCUUUCGGUCCCACUUGGUGUGAGUCUUGUAUUAGCAAUUUUAGGAUAUUAG